UCUUGAACUGUUCCUCCGGUAUAGUCGUGAUGCCCCCACCCAAACUUCAUAACUAAGUAUCCGUGCCCCAAGCGUCAAAUUCACGAAAUCUGACGAAUCUAAUCACCCGACCUAAGCCCAAAUUUCUCUGAAAAUUUUGCAGCUUCUUCUCCGUCGUCUUCGAUUCGAAAUCAUCGAACCAGUGAUUGUCGGUGACCGGCCUCAGGAGCAGGUACAGCAAUGAGUUCCGACCGCCGAGGUCGAAAGGACGAUCCGUUCUUACUCAACUACAACCCCACCGAACUCCGAAUCGCUUCCGAGUUCCUCUCCAAUUGGCUUCCUUUCCUCUCAAAGGGACUCUGCCAUCACUGCUCUCAAACUCUCUCCGAUCGAGUCCGGUCGCUCGAUCCGGAAGUUGAUGGCGAUGGGGACACAGAUUCGAAAGGGGAAGAGGACUUGACAGUUCAGGGCCUGCAUAAUUUGGAUUUAAAUGAUUUCAGUGAAGACGGAAACAACUGCGAUGCACAUUCAAUAGGAAGUUGGAAAGAUGAGGCACAGGAUUGUUCAGAACCUGCUACGGAGGCGAGCGCGAGCGAAACGGUUGGGCCGUCAUCGGUGACUUUGGAGAGCCCCAGGACCCGUUUGUCGUGGGCCGACAUGGCACAGGAAGAUGAACUCGAGGGUGAUGAGGAGAAUGAAUUGAAUAGGACUCCAGCAUCUGGAGAGGGGACAUCUGCGGGGAAGGUUCGGCAGAAGCAAGAGUUGUCCAGGGAGCAGAGGGAGUACAUACGGUUCAGUAACGUGAAGAGGAAGAAGGACUUUAUCUGUUUGGAGAGAAUUGGGGGAAAGAUUGUUAAUAUCCUGGGUGGUCUGGAGCUUCACGCCGGAGUUUUCAGUGCUGCAGAGCAGAAGAGAAUUGUUGAUUAUGUGUACGCCCUUAAGGAGAUUGGGCAGAGGGGCGAGUUCAAAGAGCGAACUUACACUGCACCACAGAAGUGGAUGAGGGGCAAGGGACGUGUUACUAUUCAAUUUGGUUGUUGUUAUAAUUAUGCAAUGGAUAAAGAUGGUAAUCCACCCGGCAUUCUUCAGAAUGAAAUUGUAGAUCCAAUUCCUCAUCUUUUUAAGGUGAUCAUUAGGAGGCUAGUCAGCUGGCACGUUCUGCCUCCAUCAUGCGUUCCUGACAGUUGCAUAGUCAACAUUUAUGAAAAAGGGGACUGCAUACCUCCUCAUAUUGACAACCAUGACUUUGUUAGACCUUUUUGUACUGUUUCAUUUCUUAGUGAAUGCAAUAUAGUGUUUGGAUCAAAUUUGACAGUUGUGGGUCCUGGCGAGUUCAGUGGUCCUGUUGCAGUUCCCUUGCCUGUUGGAUCUGUCCUUGUUUUAAAUGGAAAUGGUGCUGAUGUGGCUAAGCAUUGUGUGCCAGCAGUUCCUUCUGAAAGGAUAUCAAUUACUUUCAGGAGAAUGGAUGAAUCAAAACGGCCUUUUGGAUAUGCCCCCGAACCUGAUUUGCAAGGUCUUCAGCCAUUGUCUUAUGGAACUGAUAGACCAGGAAGGUCAGCUCCUUCAAAAUCAAAUCUUCCUGGUAACAGGCCUGCAGCCAGACGAGAGGAUAACAGAGAGAAAUCAAGGAGAUUGGCACGGAAAGGCAAUAAUUUUACAGUGCCUCAAGUCUCAAUUAAGAUUGAGCGAGGGCCUGACAACAGGCGGAGAGUGAGGGUGAAUUUGAAUGAAUGAUGGUAUGUCAGAGUCGAUAUCCAGGGAAAGCCGGCCUGCCGGCCAAUAGUCUGGGCUAGCUGAAGAAGUUGAGUUGUUGAUAUCGGCCAUCUACAACGAGGAUCAUUGUUUGUCGUUAUUCCUAUUGAGUUUGAAAUUUAGCAGAUCAAGCAGUCUGCUGCAAGCUUCGGUUUUCUAUUGAGUUGUAUGUGAAAGAUUUAAGGGGAUUCGUUCGGGAUAUGGAGACGAGGACACUGAUUAUAAGAUGUAAAUUUCAAACUUAUGUGGGCUGGUAUUUCAUUACUCUUAAUGCAUUGGCGAAUAGAAUAUGCAGCUAGGCAGACAUGGUGAAACUUUGAAGUCAUGCGGCAGGCUGAUGUGUGGUGGGAAUCAACUAGUUUGUUUCAUGUUGUAUGGUGCUGGUAAGAGUGAUUGUUCAACUACGAGGGUGUUUUUUUUUUUUUUUUUAUGGGUUUGUUUUUCUUUUUUAUCUAUAGGUUAUUGUACAAGGACUUGUGUAACUCGUCUGCUGGAUGUAAUUCUCUAAGGUUUGGCUUUUAACUUGUCGAGCGUAAUUUAUAGCCCAUAAUUUCCAGUUGCAAGCUUUUGGUAAGCAA